UCAAGCAGGCUGAAAAUCUUGACACUUCUCGGCGAAUGCCGCCCGGCGAUGACAGCUUUAUUUUAGCACCGGGAUACAAACUACAGAAGACGACGUCGUGGGGAUAUGGCGCUUGGGAACGGGGGCCGUGUCAGCGGCUGUUUUUAACGCGAUAAAAGUAGUCGUCGUCUGUCAGAAUUCCAACUAUCCAACAGACGAGCUAGCCAGCUAGCUAAUUACUGUGGCUACCCCGACGCUCGCUGUGCCGUAGAUACGACUUUAUGUCGUCUUUGUUAAUAUUCAGCUAUCGGUAGGAAUUCAUUUGGACUCGGUGACCCCGCUGUGAUGAUAUCCUGACAGCUCCUCUCAUCCGUUCCAGCCACUUUCCUAAGCCCGGCUAGCGAGCUAACUUGGCUAACUAGCAGGUUUUCACUGCCACAGGGUCGCGUUGAGCAACCAGUAGUUUUCGCCGUUUUGGUGAAACCUUAUUGGAUACGUUGACUGUGUGCGCGGACGCCGGAGACCCCCGGCCGGCGACACAACCGUACCGAAGGGCCCCUUUGACAGUCCGCAGGGAGAGGAGCUAGCAGAGACCAGGGUACUUGGCCAUUCCGCGCUGCAGAGGCGGUGCACUGCUGAAGGAGACACCGGAUUGAACGGAGGAAGAGUCCAAACGUUUGACAACUGUGAUCCGGGAAGUGAACCGGGCAGGGACCUCAUGAAUGGAAAUCGGAACUACAGGAGCCGUUGGGGCCCAGUCCCUGUUCUCCAUGCCUCGGCGGCCUGGCUAUGGCACCAUGGGGAAGCCCAUCAAGCUGCUGGCCAACUGCUUCCAGGUGGAGAUCCCCAAGAUGGAUGUCUACCUCUACGAGGUGGAUAUCAAGCCUGACAAGUGCCCACGGCGAGUCAACAGGGAGGUGGUUGACUCAAUGGUGCAGCACUUUAAGGUGACAAUCUUCGGGGAUCGCAGGCCAGUCUAUGAUGGAAAGAAGAGCCUGUACACUGCUAACCCACUGCCUGUGGCACCCACAGGGGUGGACCUGGAUGUCACUCUACCAGGUGAGGGAGGGAAAGAUCGCCCCUUCAAAGUUUCCAUUAAGUUCGUGUCCCUGGUCAGCUGGCACAUGCUCCACGAGGUGCUGACCGGCCGCAGCAUGCCUGAGCCCCUGGAGCUGGACAAACCCAUCAGCACCAACCCCGUCCACGCAGUGGAUGUGGUGCUGCGACACCUGCCCUCCAUGAAGUACACUCCAGUGGGUCGAUCCUUCUUCUCGGCUCCAGAGGGCUACGACCAUCCCCUGGGAGGUGGAAGAGAGGUUUGGUUCGGUUUCCAUCAAUCUGUGCGCCCUGCCAUGUGGAAGAUGAUGCUUAACAUUGAUGUGUCUGCCACAGCCUUCUACAAGGCCCAGCCAGUCAUCCAGUUCAUGUGUGAAGUGCUGGACAUCCACAACAUAGACGAGCAGCCUCGCCCUCUCACAGACUCACACCGGGUCAAAUUCACCAAAGAAAUCAAAGGUUUGAAGGUGGAGGUGACGCACUGUGGAACCAUGCGGAGGAAGUACCGCGUCUGCAACGUGACCCGUCGGCCUGCCAGCCAUCAAACGUUCCCUCUACAGCUGGAAAAUGGUCAGACUGUAGAGCGUACUGUAGCCCAGUACUUCAGGGAGAAGUACAACCUGCAGCUGAAGUACCCACAUUUGCCCUGUCUACAGGUGGGCCAGGAGCAAAAGCACACCUAUCUGCCCCUGGAGGUGUGUAACAUUGUAGCUGGUCAACGGUGCAUCAAGAAGCUGACAGAUAAUCAGACCUCCACUAUGAUCAAAGCCACAGCUCGCUCUGCACCUGACAGGCAGGAGGAGAUCAGCAGGCUGGUGCGCAGUGCCAACUACGAGGCGGACCCUUUUGUGCAGGAGUUCCAGUUCAAAGUGCGCGACGAGAUGGCCCAUGUGACGGGGCGAGUGCUACCCGCCCCCAUGCUGCAGUACGGCGGCAGGGUGAGCACAGAGCACUUUAUGAACCGCACUGUAGCCACGCCCAGCCACGGGGUGUGGGACAUGAGGGGGAAGCAGUUCCACACCGGGGUGGAGAUCAAGAUGUGGGCCAUCGCCUGCUUCGCCACACAGAGGCAGUGUCGGGAAGAAAUCCUAAAGGGUUUCACAGAUCAGCUGCGUAAGAUCUCUAAGGAUGCUGGGAUGCCCAUCCAGGGCCAGCCAUGUUUCUGUAAAUACGCCCAGGGAGCGGACAGCGUGGAGCCCAUGUUCAGACACCUGAAGAACACCUACGCCGGACUGCAGCUCAUCAUCGUCAUCCUGCCGGGAAAGACUCCUGUCUAUGCGGAGGUGAAGCGUGUGGGAGACACCCUCUUGGGCAUGGCCACGCAGUGUGUCCAGGUGAAGAAUGUGGUGAAGACGUCACCUCAGACCCUCUCUAACCUCUGCCUCAAGAUCAAUGUGAAGCUGGGAGGCAUCAACAACAUUCUGGUGCCUCACCAACGACCAUCAGUGUUUCAGCAGCCAGUUAUCUUCUUGGGAGCAGAUGUAACACAUCCACCAGCUGGAGAUGGGAAGAAGCCUUCGAUUGCAGCAGUGGUAGGCAGUAUGGACGCCCACCCCAGCAGGUACUGUGCCACUGUGCGAGUCCAGAGGCCCAGGCAGGAGGUCAUCCAGGACCUGGCCUCCAUGGUGCGGGAAUUGCUCAUACAGUUCUAUAAGUCGACCCGCUACAAGCCCACCAGGAUCAUUUUCUACAGGGAUGGAGUUUCAGAAGGCCAGUUCAGACAGGUGCUGUAUUAUGAGCUGCUGGCCAUUCGUGAGGCCUGUAUAAGCCUGGAGAAGGAGUACCAGCCAGGCAUCACCUACAUUGUUGUGCAAAAACGCCACCAUACACGCCUCUUCUGUGCCGACCGCAACGAGAGAGUUGGACGCAGUGGAAACAUUCCUGCUGGUACUACCGUGGACACGGACAUCACGCAUCCCUACGAGUUUGACUUUUACCUCUGCAGUCACGCUGGAAUACAGGGCACCAGUCGGCCCUCCCACUACCAUGUACUGUGGGACGACAAUUGUUUUACUGCUGACGAGUUCCAGCUGCUCACCUACCAGUUGUGCCACACCUAUGUGCGCUGUACCCGCUCAGUCUCCAUCCCUGCGCCAGCCUACUACGCCCACCUGGUGGCCUUCCGUGCCCGCUACCAUCUGGUGGACAAAGAACAUGACAGCGCUGAGGGCAGCCAUGUGUCUGGUCAGAGUAACGGUCGGGACCCCCAGGCGCUGGCCAAAGCUGUUCAGAUUCACCACGACACCCUGAGGACCAUGUACUUCGCCUGAGCUACACAAACCCUCCCCAACCAUCGCCACCCUUAACACACACACAGAAACACACACAGACACAACCAUGCACACCUGGCUCGCCAGUCAAGGAGUCCUCAUAUGUGCAAGUCCCCCCCCCCACACGCCUAGUCAAUCCGGACCUGACACUGUGCAGAGGAAAGCAGGGAGGAGGGAGGGGAGGAGGCACCCCCACACUGGACUGAGGAUGCCAACGCUGCUUUAAAAACAAACAAGAGAGAAACUCAGCACUAUUAUGCAAUAUUAAACCAGCCAACUAGUUUAUCUUCACCCUUAUCAGGCCCCCUUUUCAUUGCCCCUCCUAUCUGUUCUUCCCUGUUUGUCUCCUUUACUUGUGGCCUAGUGGGUGUUUUUGUUUUUUUCCCCUUCCUUUGGCACAGUCACUCUUUAUAGUCUACUAAUCUGCUCCUUUGCCACCUGCAGUACCUCAAGUCAAUUUGAGCAGCAGCACUUUUACAUUCUGUCAGUUUUACUGUAGUUUGUUGUUGAUUCUCCCCAGUGUUGGAAAAGGGGGAGCAGAUAAGGAAGGGUCAGACUCUGGAGUGGUGAUUUAUUUUGGAACAUAAUUAUUUAAUGGGACUAGAGGUCCUCCCAUUUGCCACUUUUAUUUUUCCUUUUUCCUCUUGUUUCCUCUGUUCUGUCACUUUUUACUAGUGGGUGAAAUCACUAGUUACUUGCAUGGAGCAACAUGUUCUUUUGAGCACACUGCCACCUGUUGGCGACGAGGUAUAAAUGCCCCCUUAAAGCCACAACAAGGAGUUGUUGACUUCAUAGGUUUCAGAUCAGCUUAUAUUUAUCUUUAGCAGUCAGCUGUCACAUUUAAACAGGGGCAGUUUAUAUUGGCUGAUAUAUCAAUUGCUCAACUGCAGCCAUCUAUGGAUUUCAUUUAAAGUAUAACACUGUUAUUUAAUUCUGGUUGUUAGUUUUCUUCUACAUUAUGUGAAGCAUUUUAUGAUUCUGACUUUUUUAAAUCAUUUAAAUCAUGUACGCUUAUGUUUUUAAUCUUAAUAGUCGUUGUGCAUUCAUUUCCCUCAGUGCUUUAUCUCACAUUUCCUCUCUUGAGUUUGAGAUGGGGGGUAAACAGAGAUCACGUCGAUGGUUUCCUCUAGUGCAAUAAUCAGUUGAAGCGAAGGGAAGAUGAUUUUAGGGGACUUAAAUGACUCAAAAGAACAGUUUCACAUUUCAUUUGAAAGUGAGUGUCCUUCAAAAGAGAAAAGUUUGCCACUUACUUGGCACUUUCAUGUAUUGCUCCUCUGUGAGACGAUUGAUCAGCAUGCUUUAUGAGUUUGCCCUUGCUGUUGGGCAAAAAUGGUGCAACUGCAGUUUUGGUGAUUUUCAUGUUUUUACUUGAAUUGAAGGAUGUUGUGCGCCUCUGUGGUUUGAGAAUACUUUAUCGUCAAUGGGCAUAAUUCCAGAAUUCCUGAUCGUCAGUUUGCUAAUGAGGCUGAUUUUCUUAAUUCCUAAGAUUAAUAAAGCUUUUCACCUGACCGCAGCCAAGUGGAGUAUAAAGGCCAUAAAGAGGUAGUAUUCAAGUGCCUGGUGGAAGUUCAGUGUUAAAUGGUCAAAAGCUGCAUAACUCAUGAUGAGGAUCCCAUUUCAUUGGGGUAAAAAAUUAAAAGGCAUAUUCCAACAAAUGGACAGCAUAAGAUGGUUUAAAGCAAGAAAGUUUCACCCGAUGCCUCUUAUUCUUCUCAACAACUGUCUACUGACUUUUCUAUACAUCUCAUUCAAAUCAUCCUAAGAACAAUACAUUAAUUGUGUUUGCGUAUACAGCAGUGUUAGCUGUUGGCUUUGCUCCGGAGCAGCAGAGUUGUCUUUUUGCUUAAUCUUCACCAGACAUGGAUCCAGCUGCUACAGUGUGUUUGUACCUAAAGGGCCGGGGUCAUGGGCAUGGAGUCAACCUCAUCAUAAACUUAAUUCUUUCAAUAAACUGCUCCUUACGGUUGAAAUCUGAGUCCAGUGCUAGGUUUUACUUCCUGUCCGUGUAACCGGCCCAAAGUUGCGACUGGCUUCAAAACAAUGCUGAGGAGUUAAGUUAGUGAGCUGUUUGCUGACUGUCGAUAUGAAACGUGUAUCUGGAUGGUAGUCACCGCUUAGCUCCUCUGUGACCUGAAGCUUGUCCAGGUGGUGUUUUUUAAAAAGUUAUCUGCACUAAAAGAAGCUGUGUUUCGGGACUGAACACAGGCGUGGUGCUACUCUGUCUGAAUUAGAAGCUGAAGCUGAACCUCUAUAUGAGACUGUCGAUGGGCAGGUGGGAAGGGUAGAAGAAAAAAAGGUCAACCUCACUCACUUAGGACAGGAGAAGGUCCCACUGCUGUGGCAGGUGCAGGGAGCUCUAGAUUUCACUCGGUAGUUGUGAUCAGCAUUGAGAACCUGUGAAACGGUACAAUGGCAGACGUUCCCUUGGACAGUGAGGUGUAAUGUAGGGUCCUGCAUCCGCUGUUGCUUUUGACUGCCUUUCAUAGGCUAGCCUUCCAGUGUGGAAGCCAGUGGGUUUGAGCCUUCAUGAUUUCACUCAUGUCCGAAAGCCUUUUUAAAAGCCAGAUCGAAAGUAUAUUUGUACAUUUUAAAUUAUGUAAUGCACACCACUUAUUUUUGCUAACAGAAAAAUAAUGUAGUCUAAUUAUUAAUCUUAGUAACAAAUGUAUCAUGAUAAUUAAUGGUUAAAAAGAAAAUAACAAAGUUUUAUUAUUGCAAUAGACUGUUGACUUGUUCGUGUGUCACUAUUGCGUAUAGUGUAUGUGUGAACAGUGGUGGGGUUGUUAAAACUAGUGACGUGUGUUUGGACUGUCAUACUGUUAUUGAUAGGGAUGUGGACUUAAACCGUCUCUUGCAUUGAUGUUUGGAAAAAAAGCUGCAAGAUGUUGAAUGCUUAUUUCUCUCCUUUUUUUGUAGAUGCUCCUACAGUCAGAGGUUGGUCGCUGACAGAAUCAGAGAGAGGAUGUUACAUACUGUGCUGCGACAGGCUUUGUAUUUAGACAGUAUAUCCUCGUUGGGACGACAAACGGUUGAAUGGAAGACGAGCCGGUUGAUGUAUUGCUCUCGAUCGUUUUCUUCAGCUGGUGCUGAUGCGUGCUCCCUGUGAAGAGGGAGAGCGAAAAGGAAUGGGCAAGUGGUUUUGAGAGUGUUGUCGACCUAUUUCAAGGACAUGUGUGAUCACAUAAUAUUGUGAAAAGGGGUAGAAGCUCUCCAACCCUUUGUGUUAAAGCCUCAGAGGGUUUACGUCGGAUUGCAACCUCUGUUGCUUUCCUCAGCCUCCCCUCCUUACCCGAGCCACUUCAUGUGUUCACGAAUACAAAGGGUUAGCCUCCCGGUAAAUCUGCGGUGUGACAAAGCCUGUAAUCUUAUUGUCGCCCUCUUUUCCCUUUGCUCCCGGCAGUUUACUCCCCUGUGCCAGAGGACUGUGUUCCAUGGCCGUACAAUCCCACCCGAUCCUCCUGGGAGGCCUAAGAAAGAUUAGAGCUGAAGGACAAUAGGUGGGGUCUGGGCAGUAAGAUACAGUGGGCUCUGUCAUUCAUUCAAGCAUGUGUGAAUCGGGAGGAGUCAAAGCUGAUCAACGCUAACUUUAUGCGGCGGGUCAUGCUGGAAGUUGAACAAGUCUGGAGGUUGAUGGCGAGAAUCCAUUUAUAACUCACUAUGUCUGCUGUCUGUAAUGGAUGUUCGGUUCGUGUAUAAACUACGCUCUUGAGGGCAGUUGAACACAUGUUUACAUAGCAGAUGUGUUUGCCUCGCUUACAACUGAAAUGUCAUCAGCUCUGCUUUGCAAAUAUUAGCUAGUAGAGAAGUGACCUAACAUGAGCAAGACCAUUUGGGGCCUGUGGAAGUGAACGCUUGACGGGAUACGAAGAUGUUAUUUAUUUGGUCAAUUUUUCCUCAGCAGACAUCCAUAUUGCACAGCAGGGUCGCCCUUGUUUGCUCUUCCAGUUCUAUUAAAAUGAUUUGUUUGACUUGACUGAAAUUAAAGGGCACACUCAGCUCACAGCUUGCAGCUAGUUGUGGCCUUUGGCCCUCAAUUAAGAUGGCCUAACAAUGCAAACAAAUCUUUAUGGAAGCUGAAGAACAAACAUCUUACCCACAAAGUGACAACUGUCUGGUGAAGAGAAACAGCCAAAUUAACUUAGAAAAGGUCAGUGUCUCCCUUUUGUAGAUGGAAGUAAAGGCGUAUUCCAUUUCGAGUAAUCGAUCAAUAUCCCUGAUUUUGGUUGCUCUCUAUUUGCAGUGGAAGGUAGCAACGGAGUGAGAAAAAGUCCACAGAAAGUGCCUUUCCUCUUGAUGGUGCUGUCAACUGAAAGAUGAAAUGUAAAAUCAAACAAGCAGAAUCUCCUUUUCAAGAACACAUUGCAGCGCAGGAAUGGCUGCAUUUACACACACUCACUGUACACGUUUGUUUUUUAGAGACAGCAAAUGCAAAGUUGUGUUUCAUGUAUUUAGAUAUUAAGCCUACAUAGAAAUAGAAUAUAUGCCAAGUAUAUGGUUGUGGUUGAGCUUUCGCUUCCUAGUGCAUUUAGUGUCUUGGACCAAUGGUGUCGUUGGUACAGUGGAAUGUGCGUUCGGGUGGGAGGGUGGUGGGGCGGUGGGGUGGCCGGGGGGGGGCGUCGUAGCUGACACUAGCGUGGUGUGACACAGCCCAGCCCACGAAUGACAAACAUAGCACAGCACUUUAGAGACUGCCACUCUCACUCAGACACAUAGCCAAGAGGUUUCGAUCUCUGUCCCUCCAGUCCCCUUCUGCCUCCUGAAGGGAGGAGGAGAGGAUCCAAACCUCAGCGUAAACGAGGAGUCGAAGGGACGCGCGUUACCAAACAAAGCAGUCGGUCAUUAAAAGUGUGCCUCAUGCUCUCGUGACUUUGUUGGCGGCUCUGCCCUCGGGUGGUGGUUUUCCUCCUGGAACUGCCACUCGACACUUUGUUACAGCUAGGGCUGGGUGUCAAACCACGAUAUCAGUACCUACCAGAUCAGAAUUUUGAAGCAUCCCCAAAAAGGUUUUACAAUAGUGGAUUCUCGCACUCAAGCAAAUCAAGUUUUUUCUUCUUGAAGGGCAUUUUUUUUUUACCAAGGAAAGUAACAUAAGUAGGAUGUAAAAGUUCUCGAAAAGGCAGAAAAAUGCAUGACUGACAGAAAGUAAUGUAGUCUGUUGCAUAGUGAAGUAUACUAGCAAUCGAGUGUCAUUUUACAGCAGGUAUAGAGAUGCAGUCAACAGAACCAGUGUCAGUAUUGAAGCUUUUCUCACGAUGCCCAGCCCUAGUAGCAGCCCACGGUAUUCUUUCAUCUUAGUGCAAUGCCCUGCCAUGUGUCUUGUCCCCGAUGGAGGGAAUAUGUGCCCAGCAGCAUCCCUGUCUUGAGCCGGUAGGGUGUGGACUGAAAACCAAGGGUGGUCUGUCGUUCUGUGGGUACCUUUUCAGUCCAGGGGGUGAAAUCUUUCUAUUACAAGAGAUCUCUAAAAACACUGCACCUCACUUACCUUGGUAUGCUGCAUAUGUUAAACUACAUGAAAGAAAACUGCAAAUUGCUUUUAUUAUGACAUAUAAUGCUUGAGUAAUGCCUGAUUGCGAUAUUCUUAUACAGUAACUAUUUUAGAGUCAAAAUAAGUAUAACUGUAAAAAAUAUUCUCUGUUUUGUCUAAACACUUAUCCGAUUUUGAAAAAUUGUUCUUGAGCCGACUUUUAUUUUGUUGUCCUAUUUAAAUGUGUCGUUCUUUAAAUUUAUAUAUGAAAUAUAUAUAUGCGGAAUAUUUUAUGGUGUAUUUAUUGAGAGUGCGUUCAAGCGGCUGGAGUCUCCGCAUCAUAUUGCAGCAUGGUGGGGGCGGAGCCAGGAGGAUGAGGCCUUUAGCCCCUCCCCCUCCAUGUUGACGCCUUAUUCUCCGACACGCAAGCACAACAAUAUGGAGGGGGGUGCGAGGUGGAGGAAAGAGAGGAGGUGGAUUUGAGCUGGCGAGACAGAGCCGGGUAUCGGGCUCCGGUUGAUUCUUACAGGUCAACACUCCCUCCUCCUUUUCUUAAUAUUUUUUACCCUCCACUCUUCUUUUACCACCUGAGAAGGCCAAAUGUCAACCCCCACAUGUUGCAGCUCAUCUCUGACGAAGGGAACCAUUUCUGAACCACACUGACUUGAGUGUUGAAUAGCUGACUUUUUUUUUUUUUUGUUCAUCCCAAGCUGCUAAUUGGUACGUCAUCCACGUAAAUUCCCCGAGCCAGCCAGGGAAGGGCAGGUGUGAGAGUGUAAAGAUAAAAAGCGGCGGGGGGAAGGAAGGAAAGAUGUCGGAAAGGCAGAAUUCUUCGGAUCGCGGUGAAAAUUUUAGCAUAGCUGUUGCUUUUCUCCUCUCCUGUCAGUUUUUUUUUUCCUUGUGCCAGAAGAUUUUACAGCAGGAACAGGUCUCAUUCCACAAGAAAAGACAUGCCUCAGCCUUAAGUGCGUUUUUACAUAAUCGUCAGAUUUCUAUGUGACUUUGCAAUGCCUGUGUUGGGUGGCCUACCAAGAAAACAAGCCUACGUACUUGAUCUGCCCCGAUUCCCCAACCGGCAUCCUCGUCUCUUCUCAUCUCUCACGUAAACCACUAACAUUUCUACAGAACUUAGUGAACUCUGAUGUACGAACAAGUGUAAGCUUUCAAAGAUUGCUCUGUCCCAUUUGUACCGAUGUCUGAACAGAAAUGUCUGGGUCAAACGGCGUCUGGAAACGGUUCUUGGCAUUUUGUUUUAACCAGAUGAGCAGUGCUUACUGCCUCAGGACAAUUCAGAAAGCCCGCCCAUCCAUCCAUCCAUCCAUCCAUCCUCCAUAUGUACUGCACAGUCAUGGUUUCAUAGAAAUUCUGAAUGACAUGAAAUCAUUUGCUAAUUUGACGUUGAUACACUUCCCUGUCUUUGUGCUAACUUGCUGGUUAUCAUUGUUGAUGGCAAAUCCAGAGAACGGUGCUUUCAGGCGCAGUUUGACCCAGGCCCGACAGGAACCAGGACGUUCCCCAGAGUGCUGGAUUACAGAGACCUGUGCCUGUACAAUGAACCAAGGAUGAGUUGUGUUGUGACGAAUUGCUGUUCUUUUCUUUCUACUUUUUCUGUUUCUGUUUUCGUUGGUUGUCCCUCACCCCAUCGGAGGAUCAGAGACAUGGAGCUUUUGAGUGUUGUCAAUCCUGUUCCAAAGUAAAUGGGCCCUCAUUUUGGUUUCAGAAAUGUUUACUGUAAUGUUUACUCCCACGGCUAUCAGAAGUUUAACCUGUUUUCAUCCCAUUAGCAUUCCAAUAAUGACUUUGAACCAAAUAUUGCACAAGAGAUUAGGCUCCUGAUGCUGUUUUUCCCUUGUAUACACAUGAUGGUUUUGAAGACAGAUAUUUGACAGUGGCCAAGGAUUUCAAACUUUUUCUGUGUACGCUGAUUGUUCAGAUUGUCAUAAUUUGUUUUUUUCAAUGUAGCAUCUCACUCUUGUGUCAGUUUUAUUUCAAACUAACGAUCUCGGGCUCCGAUACCUCUGAGGGAGGCACCAGCAAACGGACGUACACGUUGAACAGUGAACCUUCACCACCAGAUGAUCCAUGUCUCAAGUCUCUCUGUAUGUUGCAAAGGCUCUGUUGUACCAACAGCUCUAUUCCUUUCAGUUUUAAAUGUCUUUCUUUUGUAACUCUCUUAUAGGUUGUUGGCCUUUUAGUGUUGCUUUGCUUCAGUUUGAAGUGUAUCUUUGACUAAUACUUGCAAUAAAAUGCUUUGCUUUACCUUUGCUUGUGUUGGUGAGAAAGUGUUUGGAGUGUAAAAUGCUAUUUCGUAUGUAUAAAGUGAAAU